AUGACUCUCGACAUCGCAGAGACAAUCGCACUCUUCACUCUCCUGGUCGGCUGCGUGCCGGGCCUGUACUGGUUGCACAAUACGGCAAAACACCGCCAGUGGCUGCCCUUUGCUCGCCGAUGCCACCGCAUCGAGUCUGCGCCAAACCCUCUGCUCCCCCUCACCAACAACCCUCUCCACUCCCAAUCAAACCGUCCAGCCUCUCCAUCACCUCUCGACACGAUUGCGACAGCCGGAUUGGGUGGAUUUGCUUCCGGAAUGUAUUCGACUGCUCCCCAAGGAUCUACCUCCGUGCUUGAACAUCUCAUUAGUCCUCCACCUCCUGCACGACUAGCACCAGUGAGAAACUCUUCCAAAAUACCCAUAACAGCAUCACUCAGCUUUCAGAAGUCACCUAAUAUUUGUGCACAACAGGACAGCCUGGGAACUUGCCCAUCACAAUCCACGCAUCUAUCGACUGGUCACGAACAACCAUCCCGUGAAGAAUUCGGAGUGGUCGCUGCCGCCACUCCUUCUCCGCGGCCUCACCCUCUCCGUCCAAACCCCGACACACUGCAUCCAGGGCGAGACACGAACAGGACUUAG